UCAGUUAUUUGAACAUUGAAAAUCAAUAUUAAAACAGUUGAUAAAGGUCAUUUAAUUGUAUGUGAUGUAUAAAACGCCGUCUAAUAUUAUUAGACACGAUAUUAUUUACAUUAAUUAGAUGUAACUGCAAAGAAGACAUGUGUUACUUAAUUUUUUUUAUCAAAAACGUAUAUCAGCCAUUUCUUAAUAAAAAGAAUAUUUUGGAUAAACCAAAAUGGGUGAGAAUUCCAAAGAGAAACUUCCUCGUAAUAAAGACAAUGAUAAUACUGAUAUCAAUGAGGAUCAACUACCAGUUCUGAUACCAGAAGCACAACCUACUACCUUAAAUAUACCCGCGCCUUUAGAAAAUGUAUCUUCAAAUAUUCCAGAAGAGACCACAACUAAUAAACAGCAACCUCUAAGUAUAAAGUCCCCUAAAUCAUCUUUAACAUUGUGUGUGUCUAAAAAUAUUCUCUUACCAAAGACAAAAUCAAAUUCUCUGAUUAGACCACUACCAUCAACCUCCUAUAGCGCGACAACUUCAAGAUUUCUCAAUACACCAUGUACGAUGGAAAUGCCAACUCUAUUCCAACUUUGUGUUUCACAAUUAAAUAAAAGUUCUAUCAGCCUUUCUGCUUACACCAAUCCCAGAGUCACACAAGCAUCGGAGAAUGCUGAAGCGAUAUCCGCGGACUUAUCAACUCCUGAUUCCCUUACUAGUGCACCACCUUCUUACUCGUUUGUAUUAAGACAAAUGGAUUUAAGACGUAGACCAAGGCUUUUAGGUACAUUUAUACCUUCACCCUCUUUUAUAGCUAAACCUCCACCACCUACGUAUGCAACAGCUUUUGAUAUUUAUGUUGAUAAUCCCAUACCUCCUCCUCCGAGAAUGUACAACUAUGGUUUUACAUCAAUGCCUGUGAUAUGUCCUGAAUGUGGAUACACAGGUAUGAGUAUGAUCACUGCUAGAGUUACGGUGUGUACACAUUUAUGUGCGGUGGCGUUGUGUGUUUUUUGUUGCUGGUUUUGUGUGCCGUUACCAUACGUUUUGCGUUCUUGUAAAAAUGUAUACCAUUAUUGUAGAAAUUGUCGUACUUUUUUAGGAAUGUAUUGUCCAACUAACCCCGAAAAUGUUUAUUAAUGAAAUAGAUAUUUUAAUUAUGGUAUUAAAGUUGUUUUGUGUAA